AAAGCAGAGCUGAUGUAGACUGCGUAUCACAUGAGCAGGGAUCUGUUUACAAACUGGAAGCUGUAGACUAGAAGUCGAGAAGAGGAAGACGAGGAGGAAGAGGAGAGGAUUUUGAAUGUGAGAAGGAAACAUGGGGGAAAAGAGGAGAGUCUGUAUUUGAGGCUGUAUUUGAGCUGCUUUGCUCGUGUUUUAUUCCUUCCCUCUGUGUUGUGUGAUCGAAGCGGAGCUGGAGGAGCUGCUGAGGCUGCCUGCCUGCUGCUGGGGGAACCCAUCCAUGUCCUUCCCUUUGUCUCUCCAUAAUUGGCCACAGCAGCUUUUCGCAGCUCGACAGGAGGAAAGAAGUGUGGAGAUUUAAAAGGAGCGGACGCAGGAGAGGCAGGAAGAGGGGAAGGAGAGACUCGUGACAAUGUUUUGAAGGGGAGAUCGAGCGAAAAGGCAGGAACCGUGCACUGGCAGAGACUCAUCACCGGUGUGGUGCAUGGGGUUUGGACGGUGACAAGGCUAAUGAUUCAUCUGUAAGACAUCUUUGUCAUGACACAAAGGAGCAGUUAUUCCUCUGACACGUUGACCAUCUCAUUUAGGUGCACAUUUGCAUCACAAAUCCUCACUGGCUGAACAGUCGCCACCUUGUCAGAUCUCAAACCACUCGUGGCUCCGUCUGCCAUCAGCACACAUCAGUGUGGAUAGGUCUGAACCUGAAGGGUGGUCGACUUCAAUUUCAGUUUAGUGAACUCCAGAAAAGCAGUGGAAGCCAGUUUUUCACCCUCAACCACUUUUUGGCUUUUCCAACAGCUGCGUGUUUGAUGCGUCCCGUCCAAUGGUGUAACGGGUGUCUGUGUGAGCUUGGAUUGCGCAACUCCGACCCCCACUGCAAGAUGACGUCAGAGGAGCUCUUCCACCUGCCGCUCAACGUCUACAUCAUUACGCUAGGCAUUGGCCUUUUCAUCCUCAUGCUCAGCCUCACUUUCUGCUGCUACCUCUUCAGAUUGAGGAGACAAGGUACAAGAGAACAGUACAGUUACAAUGAGGUUGUCUUGAAAGGAGCAGGAAAAAAACUGAGUCUUCUUGGUCAAACAUGUGCAGUGUGUUUAGAAGAGUUUCGCAGCAGGGACGAACUUGGAGUGUGUCCCUGUUCUCAUGCUUUUCACAAGAAGUGUCUCCUAAAAUGGCUGGAGAUUCGUAGUGUCUGCCCCAUGUGCAACAAGCCCAUUUGUCGCCUCCAACCUGAGCCCCCACAAGUGUCCGAGCAGCCGCAGAGUCUCCUGGAAGUCUGAGAGGGGACCAGAUGAAUGGCAGCACCUCAUGAUCUCCAAUCAAACUUAGUUUUAAUUAAGAAAACGUAUGCAGAGUUACAGUGCUUGUCUGAGAGCCCCAGAACAUAUACUCCCUGUUUUAACGCCAUGGUAAUAACAGCAGACAAGUUUCACUAAUGCUUGAUUUGCCAUACAGGAUUACUGAUUGAGGCUAUCAAGCUGAAAUACUGCAAUUACUGCAGAAUACAUAUAUAGUAGCUAGAUGCUUAAUCCAAUACACAAGUGCCUUAAAACUACAGAAUUCUGCAGAAUUAUUCAAUUCACACUAGGUUAUCUGACUUCAGUGCACUAUACACUGCCAUCAGCGAUUCUCUCUCUUUCUGUCUUUUUUUGCUGUCCAAUUAUUGUCAAUGUCAUAGAUUUUAGCCGGUAGUAAAGGUGCAAAAUGAUGAUGACUCAUAAUUACCCCAAAAUCCCCAUUUACUUCUUAUUGGUGAGAUGGGCCUAUACAGGAAAGUGGACAGUGGACUGUCUGCCAAUAUUGCAAUGAGACAUGCACCUGAACUCUACGAUUUCUUUUUUUUGCAGUUGAGACUGCCACUGCUUGUUUUUUCAAUUGGACUUCACUUUGGUGUUGGUUUUAGUAGCCUCCACGAAAAUUGUGCUUGUCUGGGUUUAGAACUUUCAUCAUUCAUCACCCAGGAGCUCGAGUACAUUUUCAGUCUUUGACAUCAAGACAAACUGAUGAGGGUGCUGACAUCGAGAUGAAAUUGUCAUCAUCAACAAUGUAUUGGAAUCAUCACAACCAUCAUCAUCCUCAUCACCACACUGUGGUAACACCAGGUAGUGGUCGCCCUCCUGCUAAUUAACCAACAAUCCCACACAUCGGGCUCUCAGCAUUUCUGGGAUGUUGAUGUGCAGUGUAAUUGCUCUGACUCAACUAAUGAGAAUAUUUGUGCCACCAGAGCAGCUCUGCCUUUGAAAAAUCCUAAUAUGACAAAUUCCAAACUUAAAUCUUUUUUUGGUCUCCCCAUCGAUUUCAUGCAGUUCCACAUCCGAGAAUGUAUCCUGGUCUUUCAGCACAGCUUAGGGGCCCGAGGCCUAGAAAGAAUAAGAUUUAGCCAGCAGAUGACACCAGCCUUGAAGAUAUCAGAAACUCCUCUGGCCCAUUGGUGCCCCAAAUUUCAUAAAGACUGCAGUGAAACAUGUGAAAUUGCACCAGGAUUUGUUUAAAUGUACUAAGCAAAGCAAAGUGUCGGUGAAGGAGAAACAGGGUGUGUGUAUUCUGGCUAUGACUUUCCACUGUCUCACAGGUCAGUAAGCUCCAUCUUGCAGUGUGUUGCCACUGCUGAGUGAAGGUAGUGAAGCUUUAAAUGUCACAGCAGUCGAGUCAUGAGGGAUCUGACAGAAAAGAACAACGUUCUGUCACAUCCCUGCUCGUACUGUGUUCUGCAGCGCGUGACUCGUCCAGCAAAUUAUCUCACAUUCGUACAUGUACAUGUAUAUAGAUAGGUUUUAAGUUAUUGUCAAGAAAUUGUUUUGUAUCACAAAUCUGACUUUCAAUAAAAGCUAAAGUGUGUUAGCGAAGCUAAAACACGUUGUGGUUUGUCGAUGACAUAGAUGUAACAUUUGCCUGUGACACAGAAUUCAACCCUUCUUUGGUAUCUAAUGUCUAAGAACCGCUCAGUGCCGGAGUGAUAUAAAUAGACACACUGCUGACACGUGGAGCCUGUUUGAGCUGGUUUCAUGAGCGAGGUGCCCCAUAAAUGACAUUCCCUGUAUGUACCAUGAUAUACUAUGAGUGCUGUUUAAAUUCCAAAUGUCUCUUAAGCACCUGACUUGAUGAAAAACAUAAAGCCACUGUUUUGAUAAGA